UAACACGCACACACUGUCUCGAACUCUCUUGAGGAAACGAUUUCAAGUGAAGGUCUUCUUGCGCUGCGGGGCAAGAUUUCACAGCGGCCGUCAAAAGGCAAGGCUCCAAACGAGUUGAUAAAGUCUCUCUCCCUCUCUCUCUCCCUAAAACAGGGAUCCAAAACCUAAAUUCUAGACUUUGGAGUUUCGGAAUUGUUCAGGUUUGGAUUUUCGUUCUUUCGAGAGAGAAGUUUACAAUGGCAGCAACAGCUACAUACCCACCUCCACCACCAUACUACAGGCUCUACAAGGAUUACAUUGAAAACCCUAAGUCGGCUCCAGAACCACCUCCUCCUAUUGAAGGCACCUACGUCCUCUUUGGAGCCAACUACACUACUGAUGAUCUUCUUCCAAGCUUAGAAGAACAGGGAGUUCGUCAAUUAUAUCCGAAAGGACCAAAUAUUGAUUUCAAGAACGAACUGAGGUCACUUAACAGAGAAUUGCAGCUUAAUAUUUUGGAGCUUGCUGAUGUUCUUGUAGAGCGACCAUCACAAUAUGCAAGAAGAGUGGAAGACAUAUCUCUUAUUUUCAAGAAUAUACAUCACCUUCUAAAUUCAUUGCGGCCCCACCAGGCCAGAGCAACACUGAUCCACAUACUAGAACUUCAGAUACAACGCCGUAAACAAGCCGUGGAGGAUAUUAAGAGGAGGAGAGAAGAAGCACAGAGAUUCCUCAAGGAGGCACUUGAAACCUUAGAUGGGCACUAGAAUGGAGCAGUGUGCUUAUAUCAAAAUUGUUGGUUACUCUUUAUGGUAGUCUUUGGAGCUGGCAAACCUGGAGAUUUUUUUGUUGGAUAAGAGCUGUGAUAACCUUCUCAAAGGGCUUUGGAUUAGUGCUGAGACCUUCUGUAUAUUAUGUAUCUAUCCAUGUGUAAUUUUGGCAGACUGAUACCAGAAAUGGUGCAUGAAGGUUACCUUACCUAUUAAGUAUGUGGGAAAUCUUGAUUCAAUCAAUUACUUGAAAUUUCUUAUUGAUCUUA